UCCAGUUUUGCAUUUAACGACGGUGAGAUGCACUUUUUAUCUAAAUUGGGAACAAAAUUCCCCAUUUCAAGUUUUCGGGGCUCGCCACGAUCAUGAAUUUUUAAUCCAACCUUUGAUUGAAUUCCAUAUGCGUAUGUGUGUGUGUUUGUAUGUAUGCGUAAGCACAUUAGCAAAAACAAAAUCCCCAGAACGUACCUCCGAGACAAUCUAAGAGCGCUAUGCCAUCCCCUUCCAGCGCUACGGGAGUUUAAUCGUUCACCUGUGUACCGACGUACGGCGCCCCGUCCACGUCCAAACGGGGCGGCUGAUUAGAAUCGGCGAGCACUGGGUCGAUGGCUAUAAACUAAUUGCCGCCGACAUCGGUGCACCUCACUAGCAAGCGAGCGUUCAAGUUGAACGGACACAACCGCUCCCGGGUGGCUUUUGCGAUCGAUCUGGAGAUCGAGAUUGUCGGAGUGUUGGUUGUUACCUGUUGCGAUAGAAUUGCGGUAGAAACCCGGGUGCCACAGUUUGCAGUUUCAGCAAACGAGUUGAAGAAUUAUCUUGGAAUAAGAAUAGUGGGCAAUAUUCCGUUACUAAGCGUAGUACUAAUCAUUCGCUGUGAGUGUGUAGGAAGUGACCGACCGCAAUCACUACUCGGUACGAAAGGUACGAAAAACUCCUCAAUACCGUGAAACCUCCAUUUGGAUGCGUAUCAGUGCUCGAUCAACUGCCCAAGCGUGUGUGUGAGUGUAUCUCAGUGGCGCUGUCCUUCGUACGGUACUAGGUCCUUGAGAAGUGUCUGUUUUUCGUCACGCUUCAGUGCGGAUACAGUGUGCCGAAUUCGGAGUUCGCAAUCAGACAACCAACAACAAAAAAACCGCAACAAAUGCUCACCGCAUGAUCGUGCCUCGUUCAAGCAGGUGUAAAUUAGAACCGGGUACUAGUGGAUCUGUUGAUGCAUUAACUUAGGCUAUUAAUAAAAAAAAACAACGGAUGCCCUUCGCCAAACAACGAUUGUGGUGUUUUGUGGUGAAAAUUUUAUAUUGUAAUUGUGUCUAUUGUGCCCGGGACACGUGCUGAAUUGAUUUUACACCAGUACAGUGAGCAAGCACCAACAACCUCGCAUAACGAUCGCAAUGUCCGGUGCGGACAAUCCUGGUUUCGUGACAGCAGAUGAUGCCGGACUGCCAGCGGGCGAGUCACAGAAUGACUCAAAACCACCGCCAGUUUUGGAACAGCUCGAAAAACCACCAGCCGUCGAGCGGGAAAAAUGGGACAAGGGUGUCGAGUUCCUGAUGUCCUGCAUCGCACUGUCGGUAGGGCUGGGCAACGUGUGGAAGUUCCCGUCGACCGCGUUCCGUAAUGGUGGCGGUGCGUUCGUUAUACCGUACCUGAUUGUGCUGCUCGUUGUGGGACGACCGAUCUACUACCUGGAGAUGGUGAUGGGACAAUUUUCGAGCCGUGGCAGCGUAAAGGUGUACGAUGUGUCGCCCAUCAUGCGAGGUAUCGGUAUCGCACAGAUGGUUUCGAUUUGCGUGGUGAUCGUGUACUACGCGGCAACGAUCGCGACAGCAAUCCGAUUUUUCAUCGCCUCCUUCGAAAGCCCGCUACCGUGGGCGAGUUGUGACGUAAGCUGGACCGGCCUCAACUGUGUCAACUCCUCCAAUUCCGGCCCAACGCCGGCAUUCAACAACUCGCUGCCGAUAAAAACAUCCGCCGAGCUGUUCUACACACACUCCGUCACCGGUGAAGGACUGCUCGUAGAGGGUGAGUUCGGUGUACCCGACUGGAAGCUAACGCUCUGUCUGCUGUUCAUCUGGGUCGCGAUGACCAUCAUGAUGGUGAAGGGCAUCCGCGGAUCGGGCAAGGUUGCCUACUUUCUUGCCCUCUUCCCGUACGUCGUGCUGAUCUCGUUCGCGGUGUAUGCGUUCACGCUCGACGGUGCCGGCGAGGGGCUGAAGUACUUCAUCACGCCCGACUGGGAUAAGCUGCUGAAUGCGGACGUCUGGAAGGAAGCCGUCUCGCAGUGUUUCUUCUCGCUGUCGAUCUGCUUUGGCGGUGUGAUUGCGUUCUCCUCGUACAACAACUUCAGCAAUAACAUCUACCGGGAUGCGAUGAUCAUUUCCUGGCUGGAUACGUUUACUUCCCUGCUGUCGGGCGCACUGGUGUUCUCAAUUAUCGGCCAUUUGGGCCACCUGACCAACGAAACGGACUACACGAAGGUGGUGAAACCGGGCAGUGGGCUUACGUUCAUCACCUACCCAGACGCGCUGGCGAAGUUCGAGCACGUGCCAAAUCUGUUCGCGCUGCUGUUCUUCUUCAUGUUGCUAACACUCGGUGUCGGCAGUUGUACCGGGCUUAUUAACAGUGUUUUGACGGCACUGCACGACAGCACACCGCGCCUAAAGUCCUGGAAGACGGUCGUCACGAUCGGCGUGCUCGGGUUUGCGCUGGGACUACUCUUCGUCACACCGUCCGGUUCCAAGAUGCUGGACUACUUUGACUACUAUGGUGUGCAGUUUGUGACGCUCACCUCCGCCAUCUUCGAGCUGUUUGCGUUCUGCUGGCUGUACGGAAUUCGUAAGCUUAGCAGAGACAUUCAGUUCAUGCUGCAGCGCCGGACCGGGUUCUUGUGGCGAUUCUGCUGGAAGCUGCUCACGCCGGUGAUGCUGAUCGUCGUGCUUAUUAUUGGGCUUGUAAAGAGCCAACGUCCGCAGGGUAUUGACGAUGUAUAUCAUGUUCUUGGAUGGUGCAUCUAUGUUGGAGCACUAGUACCCAUCCCGGUGUGGGCAUGGUUUGCCGUACGGAAGCGUAAUGAAUCCACCCUCAAGAAGCGCAUUGUUGCCGCCAGUAAACCCCUGUCCGAUUGGGGACCAGAAAGUUUGGAGGUGCGCAAACAAUACCUGGAGUUCUGCAGCAACUACCAACCGAUGGAUUCGCGCUGGACCAGGCUACGGCGGGUACUGCACCGAAAUGACAAAACCUAUCGCGUCUCCGUUUAACGCGAAGUUCGCUCUCUUAUCACCUCGGAAGCGCGUCCUCCUUGCGUCAGUAUUACCAGGGCACCAGUGCUAGCCUCUCCGAUGCAGCCGGAAACAACAGCUGAUCCGACAUUUUACUUUCCCAAACCCCACCGACGACGACCGGCUGGCGGAGAGAUUCCAUUCUAGCAUAUGCAGUUCCGUUCAUCGUCCGCACCCGCUGGGCUAAUGCCUUCCCUAAUCCCAAAUGGACGAUGAUGUAGUACCGUGUACUUUGUGUUAGCGAGCCAACCAAUGACGUUCACAUUCACUAUUGUUCUGACCAUUCUCGCCUCAGUGGAUAAUUAACCGUAUCGGCACGUCAAUGAGCGCAAUGCACAGGGCGGGCAGUUGUGGAAGCAUUGGAUUGUAUCAAGAUGAUCUUAAAGCUAGAAUUGUAAGGGAGCACUGCGAGGGCACUGGACCGUACCGUACCAGCGGUGUGCAAUGAAAGGAAAAGUUGACUCCACUCGCAAACGUCAGCGUCAGUGAAAAUAGUUUCCGCGGAUGGUAUCGUGAUAGUUUGUUUGUUAAAUGACUUUUUUAUUGUGCCACUGGACAAAGUAGCAACAAAUGUUGCAGCUAUUUAGCGUUUAAGUCUAUGACAGAUGGAAAUAAAUUAUAAUUAGUA